AUGACGAGGGAAGCGGCGGACUUUUCCGGUUUAACGCUUGGAGAACUCCUGGACAAGUUGUCGACAAACGCCGACCUAAAAUCCGCCCUCCCGACGCUCUUCAAAGAAUGCGGCCGCAUAAGCAAGGCUUUGCGCAGCACCAAAGUCACCAAAUCGGGAACCAGCAACAGCUUCGGGGAGGAGCAGCUGUCCGUCGACCUGCUUGCGGAGCGUCAGCUAAGGAUUUGGGCUAAGGAGUGCCGGUUUGUGAAGGCCAUAAGCAGUGAGGAAGACACAAAUCUGGAGGAAGUUAAUCCUGGGGGAUCCCUCGUUGUUUGCUGGGACCCUCUGGACGGGAGCAGCAUAAUUGACUGCAACUGGAGCGUCGCAUCGAUCUUCGGAAUAUGGCAGAUUGGAGAAAAAGGAUUACAGUGGAAGGGACCAGCCACACUUAUCGGCGCCACAGGUCGUCAGCUGGUCGCCGCACUUCUGGUUAUUUAUGGGCCACGAACGACUGCCCUGCUUUCUGUUAACGGUUCAACAUUCGACCUUCAGCUCGACCCAGAGGAGGGAGCUCCUGUAGUCUUGAGGGGCCCCUGCAGCAUUCUGAAGAAAGGAGCGAAAAUAUUCUCUCCUGCAAACCUCAGAGCUGCCCAAGACCUUCCCGCGUAUAACGAAAUGGUGCAGCGGUGGAUGGAGGAGAGAUACACACUUAGAUACACAGGGGGGCUCGGUCCCGACGUCUACCAAUUGUUUGUAAAGGGUCAUGGGGUCUUUUGCAACCCCGCCAGUAACAAGGCACCAGCGAAGCUUCGCCUUGCGUAUGAAGUAGCACCGAUUGCUUUUCUAGUGGAGGCGGCGGGGGGCCGUUCUAGCAAUGGGAAGUGCUCUGCCCUCGAUGUGGCCCUCGAAAAAAUGGAUCACCGCACAGCUUUCUGCUGCGGCACCGAGGAGGAAGUAGUUAAUUUUGAAGCAGCGGUGCGCCUGUGA